ACCUCUAAGCUGUGGGGGGUUUGGGAAGUUGUCAAAUAAAGCUUUGUCUAAACUAGUCAGCAAUAACAUGAAUUUGCAUGCUGAUCCCGCUCUCAUAGUGGCUGCUGUGAUACUCACAUGUACCAUCCUUUGGUCUAUUCAAAGCUUGGUGAAAUCAAGCAAGCGAAGGCCUUCCUUGCCUCCAGGACCGCAUGGCUUGCCGAUCGUCGGCUACCUGCCAUUUCUUCGCCAAGAUUUACAUCAUCAGUUCACAGAAUUGGCUAGUAAAUAUGGCCCAAUUUACAAGGUGUGGAUUGGAAACAAACUCUGGACUGUAAUCAGCUCCCCGAACCUCAUAAAAGAGGUGGUUCGUGAUUAUGACACAAUCUUUGCCAAUCGGGACAUUACUGUUGCAGCACGCAUUGGCUCUUAUGGUUUCAAUGACAUUGCCUGGUCCCCCUAUGGUUCUCAGUGGCGCAACCUAAGAAAACUAUUUGUACGAGAAAUGCUAAGCAACGCCAACCUGGAAGCCUCUUGCAAUCUUCGAAAAGAUGAGGUCAGAAAAGCUGUCAAAGAAAUCUAUUCCAAAAUUGGCACACCUAUCAACAUUUGUGAUUUAGCUUUCAAGGUUGACCUCAAUGUUAUAACAAGCUUGAUCUGGGGCAGCAAAAUUCAGGGCGAAAGGCACGAUAGGAUUCUUGCCAACUUAUUGCCGGUGCUUGCUGGUAUGAUUGAUUUGUUGGUGAAGCCUAACAUCUCCGAUUUUUUUCCAGUCUUAGCCAGAUUUGAUAUUCAAGGAGUUGCAAAAGAAAUGACUAGUUUUCUGCAAAGAGUUGAAGGGAUCAUUGAAGAUAUUAUCGACGACCGAAUAAAGAAUCCUUGUAAUAAAACAGAGGCAGUAGCAACUAAGAAAGAUGGGCGAACAGAUUUUCUGCAAAUCCUCGUAGACCUUAUGCGGGAGGAGGAUAAUAAGGAAUCACUUGGGAAAAUACAAAUAAAAGCCAUGUUAAUCGACAUUCUUGUUGGUGGGACUGACACUUCAGCAACUACAAUUGAAUGGGUUAUGGCGGAGCUACUGUGCCAUCCAAAUGUGAUGAAGAAGGUUCAAUAUGAAUUAGACCAAGUUGUGGGAUUGAACAAUAUAGUAGAAGAGUCUCAUAUCCUGAAAUUAGAAUAUUUAGACGCUGUUGUAAAGGAAACUUUACGCCUUUAUCCACUAGGACCCUUUUUAACCCCAAGAACUCCAACCCAAUCUUGCAUUGUGGGAGGAUACACUAUCCCAAAGGAUUCCGCUGUUUUUCUAAAUGUUUGGUUUGUUCAAAGGGACCCUCUAGUUUGGGAAAAUCCGUUGGAAUUUAAGCCAGAGAGAUUCUUAGGCAAUACAAGAAAAUGGGAUUUUAGCGGUAACAAUUUCAAUUAUCUCCCAUUUGGAUCUGGGAGAAGGAUCUGCGCUGGUCUGCCGCUAGCUGAAAGGAUGGUUAGACUUGUUUUGGCCUCACUCUUGCACUCAUUUGAGUGGCAACUGCCAGAUGGAGAGAAGCUUGACAUGUCCGAUAAGUUGAUGAUGAUUUUGAGGAAGAAAAUACCACUUCAUGCUGUACCUGUUCCCAGAUUACCUAAUACCGAUCUGUACGAGUAAUUUCAUGUUUUAAUGAUCGUUGGUCGAUUAUAGAGUUAUCUACCACAUCCUAGAUAUAUAAAUGCUAUGAAGUAGCUACAGGGUUUCAUGUAUAGAACUCAUGUUUUAAUUUUGUUCUACGUCUUGUCAUGUUGUAGGUUUUUUAUUUUUUA